UACGCGUCGCCGGCGGUCGUGGAGAAGUGUUCAUGGAGAAGAGGCAUACUGUACGCGGAAGUUCAGCAAUUAUUCACGAUGGUUGUGACAACGCGUUGUCUUCUCUUCCUCGGGUCUGUCGAUGAUGAUGACGUCUCUUGCUAACCGGCUUCGGACUAGCGGGGCAAACACGUGCGCGAACCAUCUUGGCUGCGCGCCGGGCGGCUUCACGCCGCUGUCGUGCAACAACGGGAACGUCAGGCCUUCUCAAAGGCUUCGUCGACCACUCGUCUCCGCGUGCGACGCCGACUAUCUCAAUUUGUUCUUUCUUCUUCCUCCAGUCGCACCCGAGAAUUUCGUAUAGCCACGCGAUGGCACCCCCGUCAGUUAUCGGCUCCCAGAAGCCUGGCGCGACAGAUACCACCGCGAUGGAACAGAAGAUAGGGCAGGCCACCUCUGUCAUUCUACCCCUUCUAGAGUUCGGCGCCCUGGGCUAUGAGACAUACGUCGUAGUCUACUUAAUAUGCGUCCAGUACCUCAUAAACCCUCCUGAGGACCUCCAACGAGAUUUCGGCAUUCGGCCGCGACGUUCCACCGGAAUCGCACUCAUAGUCGUCUACGCUAUCCUCCUCCUCCUCCUCAUGGUAGCAUGGCUGCGCCUAUUACAACUGGUCUGGUCGAAGCCAGAUCUCAUACCUCUGGGUAACCCUUCGGUGGACAAGGCAGAUGCGAGUACGAAAGGCUUCGGGUUCGAUCAAUAUGAUGCAUACAUCUGCGAUUACCAGGGAGUGCCACUUUGGUGUGAGAGGUGCCACAAUUGGAAGCCGGAUAGGGCACAUCAUUGCAAGGAACUGGGGCGCUGUGUGAAGAAGAUGGAUCAUUACUGUCCAUGGGCUGGUGGAAUCAUAGCAGAGACUACGCAUAAAUUCUUUAUGCAGUUUGUAGCGUAUGCGUCGCUAUACACCACGUUCACUUGGAUUGUGGUGGCCAUUUUCUUCGCGGAAAGGAACUCAAAGAUGGACUCAAGGCCAGGGACAUGGAUCGGCGCACUCGCGACAGCUGUGCUCUUCAGCAUCUUCACCUUCACAAUGACCUGUAUGACAGGCUGGAAUCUGAUGAUCAACUUCACCUCGGUCGAAGGCAUCCAGCGCGGCGGGAUCCACAACAUCGCCUUCCUCAUAUCGAACCCCUCCCCGAACCCCGAUACCGCUGCUCCACUUACUGCGACACCAACGACGUCAUCCAGUAAACAUCAAAAGAAGAAGUCUAGCAGAGACGUGGCAGAAGAGAAGGAACUCGACAAGGAGGACUGGCCUAUUCUCACUACCGUCACCCGCCUCCCGAACCGAUCCUACGUCGUUAUGCAGACUAAGCCUUUGGAACACCCCUGGUAUACAACCCUCCUGCAGGGCUGGAAAGAUACCAUGGGCACGAACAUAAUAGAGUGGCUAUUGCCGUUCCGCCAAUCUCCAUGCAAACGGAAAAGCCAUCGCGGAGAAUUUGAAUGGGGUGAGGUGGUGUACGACAUGGCGAAGAUGUAUGAGAAGAAGAAUCCAGGAGCCAGUCUUGCUAUUCUUGAUGAGAGUAGGAGAUCAAGGAGAUGA